AUGUUCUGGGCUGAGAAGGUUAAGAAGUUAUGGCAUCUACUGCUCAUGUUAGCUACUAACUACGGUAAGGUACAUAUGAUGUUACGAACAAAUGGCGACUUUCUUGUACGAACUACUGAACCCGUGGCAGGCAAACCACGUGCACUUGUAUUGUCUGUUAUGGUCAGACAGGAGUUUGAAGAUCAAGGAAUUAAACACUUCGUCAUAACAGUGAUCCCAUCUGGUAAAGUUAUGAUCGAGAAAUACGCAUUCGAAUCCAUUAGCUCGAUGAUUGGAUAUCAUCUUAGUAAAAAAGAAUCUAUAACAAAGUCCCAAGAGGUGAUCCUACGCAAUCCGAUCGUUCGUCAAAGUUGGGAGCUGUCCCACGACGAUGUAGAACUAACGAAGAAACUGGGCGAAGGUGCUUUUGGUGAAGUACAUGCUGGGAAAUUAAAGUUGAAAAAUGGAUCUAAGGUUCCAGUUGCUGUGAAACUUGCAGCUUGGGGUUUGGAAUACUUACAUGCCAAGAAUGUUCUUCACAGGGAUAUUGCUGCAAGGAACUGUUUGUAUGGGGACAAUAAGGUAAAAAUCUCUGAUUUUGGCCUUACUCGGGAAGGAACUGUGUAUCAAAUGGAUCCCCAUAAAAGAGUUCCUAUUAGAUGGCUUGCUCCCGAAACACUGAAGAUGGCUAUCUACACUCAGAAGACUGAUGUGUUCAGCUACGGUGAACUAUAA